AUGACUCGACCGAUUCCCGUUUUGUCUGACUAUGAUAUGUCCCCAAACCACGGUUUUCUGCCCCCGGAAACACCACUGAGUGUCCUGCCGGAUCCAUAUUAUGCCGAGUGGGAGGCUAUUGUGGCCGACCUACCAUCACUUCUCGUGGCCAAGAAGCUGCGACAGGAAAUUGACCAGCUUCCGGUCCUCUCGACGGAUUAUUUGAAAACUCCCGCGGAGUGGAGGAGGGCGAGCGUGUGCCUUACGUUCAUGCUUCACGCCUAUGUGUUCGGAGAGAAAGAACCCAGAGCAAGGAUACCUCCCCCACUCACGGUUCCACUUUUGAGUGUAUCUGCAUAUUUGGAGCUCCCCCCGAUAGGGGUAUACGCCGCUGUCAAUCUGUGGAACUACCGGCCAAUUGAUCAGAAUCUAACAUGUAGUCGGCCAGAGGAUAUGGAAGCGGGUUGCACAUUUACUGGGAGCCUGGAUGAGCGGUGGUUUUACCAGAUUUCCAUUGCCAUCGAGGGCAAUGCGGCCUCGACCAUACCAUUAAUGCUAGACGCGAUCGCUGCCGCACGCGCUGGGGAUGGUAUUAAAGUUACUGAGUGUUUACGUACCUUGGCCAAAGGACUCCAGGAAAUGAUUGACAUUCUCAAACGAAUGCCCGAGGGUUGCGAUCCACACGUCUUCUACCACCACCUACGGCACUUUUUGGCAGGGAGCCAGUCAAUAGGCGGUCUGGUGUACGAUGAUGGGACCGGCAAGGAAGAAGACCGUCGUGCAUAUCUCGGGAUGAGCAACGCGCAAAGCUCGCUAGUGGUCUUCUUCGACCUUGUACUAGGCAUCUCGCACUCGCGUUCGUCCAAAGGCGAUAAGAGCUUCUUCUCCAACAUGCGUGGAUAUAUGCCCGGAAAUCACCGCCGGUUCCUUGAACAUAUAGCAGAGAUUGCCAACAUCCGGACCUUUGUGGAAGAGCGAAGUGACCACCAGGACCUCCUCGCGGCCUACAACACCUGUCUCGAAAUAAUGGGCUCCAUGCGAGAUGUCCACAUCCGGAUUGUGGCCCGUUACAUCAUGACUCAAUCGCUCAAAAAUGACAAAAUUGACGGUCAGGGUCUUUGUUCUUGUGACAAGAACACCUCCGCACCUCGAACCGAAAGUCCUUAUAUCGCUCCAGAGAAGAAGACGCGGAAGGGGCUUGGCGGGACAGACCUGAUCCCAUUCCUGUCUCGGGUCCGAACCGGAACACGGGAAUCAAAGAUGAGUCCGCUGGCUGCUGGUACCCUGAAAAGCAAAAAUCAACAGAUGGCUCUCGGAGCCAGCACUUGGUUGCAGUAUAUCCUAGCAUUCGCUGUUGGUGUGGCAGCACUAUUCUUUUGCAAGUGGUCGACAAUUUGGGAUUUAUAA